AUGGGGUAAGUUACUUUGUUGUCACGAUACAAUUUGAUGAUAUCGUAAAUAUACAGACUAAAAUUUAUUUUUUUUUUGGUACAAAACAAGACAGUAGCUUGAACAGUACAGAAGAUAAAAACAAUUUUUGAAAUUCUAAAAUCAUUAUUUUAGCGACAAAGUAGCAACAAUACCAACUCUAGGACGUCGCAAACUGAACGAUACUGCUUUGUCAAAUUUGAAUAAGUUUACGACAAAGUACAGUAACCUUGAAUACGCUGGUAUUGUAGCCGAAUUCGAAGAGAUUCAGAAGGAAAGUGCUACACUCGAGAAGCCAGAGUUCAAAGCCUUCAAAGAGAAUGCCGCCAGAAACAAGGAUACUGUCGAGAACUGCCCUGAUGCUACUCGGUAAGUAAUGUUAUACCGUGAAGUUACUAUAGCAUAUAUAUUAGGUGAUUGCGAAAUUAUCCCGCCAAUUUUUGUUUUUACCAAAAUUUAAUAUUUAAAAAAAACAACAACAACUAAUUAACAAAUAUAUGUAAGAUUAUUAUCAACGACCUGUUGCCAUCCCUUUGGCAGCAUUUGAAUUCAACUUCUGUAGAAACCUGGAGUUUUAGAAUUGAAAAAGUUAGUCCACCAUCGCUUGAGGUCGUCUCGGUUGUCAAAGCGUGUUGCAUUCAGAUGGUUUUGAAGAGAGUAGAACAUAUUAUAAUCUGUAGGCGUAACAUCAGUUGAGUAUAGUGAAUGUAGCAUCACAGCCCAGCCGAGCCUUUUCAGCUUGUGCUGGGUCAACUUUGUCACAGGCACGAGCAGUAUCAUGAAUGAAGAAGACGCGGUCUUUUUUACCAUGCAAUGCAACGGCAACAGAUUUAAUUUGUCUACAGUACACAUCCACAGGGAUCGUAGUUCCAUUUGGUACCAUUUCCCAGUACACAAUACAUGUUGAGUUCCAACUAACGCUGUUCACCUCCUCCAGUUGGUGAAGACCAGGUUUGGGAGUUGAUCCACCCUGUUCUCCACGUAAAAGCCAAUGUUUCUUCUUGGUGUGAUUAACAUACAGUACCCACUCCUCGUCCCCAGUAACCAAAUUGUCAAGCCAUGCAAAGGUACUUGGGAACAUCAACAAAUAAGGGCAACUUCCACUUAGCGUUUCAGCUGGUCGCUGUUGAAAUCAUGUGAAACCCCUUGACCAUAUUUCCAUGAUUUUCCAAAGGUCUGAAGUCUAGUUAAUAUGGAAAAAGGAUCACACUGAAGCUCUACAGUCAAACGAGUACAGGUUCGUCUGGGGUCUUUUUCGAUCAGCUUCAGAAGAUAGGGUUUUUCAAGUAGUGACGGUCUACCUGAUCGCGGUUUUCGGACAUGUCAAAGCCACCGUUUUUGAAUUUGUGGAAACAAAUUUUUGUGGUGUCGUGAGAGACAACUGAAGGCCCUACAGCACUGCAUAUUUUUUUCGUUGCUCUUGUUGCGUUGCCGUUCUCACGGAAGUUGCGAAGCAACGUUGCCCUAACAUGACCAUGUUUUAUCUUGAUUUCUUGAACCACCGUAAACAACAGAAAGCUUGAACAUGCAAUAUUUUUUAGUGCUUGGACAUCUCUUUAUAUAGGUUAUCAACCGAAAGUUCUAGAACAAUCCAGAAUUUUUAAAAAAAAUUUUGAAAAAUUGGCGGGAUAAUUUCGCAAUCACCUAAUACUACACUUCAUUGGCAUAGUAGACAUAAUACUUGCAGCGUUGUGUUAACAUGUAACGUUCCUCCAGCGACUGACUACUACAAUGGCAAUCACAUCAGGAUACCACAACUAGAUCGUCCAUUUAUGGCCGUUCAAACACCAAUGAAGAAUACCAUAAACGACUUCUGGAGACUUGGUACGUUUCGUUAAACAUAUCUCAUCAACUAUUUUUCAGUAAAAUUUACAACAUAACCACCAUUAUAAAGCCUUUCAAAGACAAUACCUAGUACAAUAUAUGUUGUUUAGGUAUUCUAAUGCAUAGUAUAACUUAUCAACAUUAUUUUAGUGUUCCAAGAAGCCUGUUCAGUAGUGCUUCUGUUGGGCGACACAAAGGAAAGCGACACCGGCGACUUUUGGCCAGUAAAAGCAGGAGAUCACACGAAUUAUGGCGACAUUUUUGUGAAUAAUCGCAAAGUGACGAAACUGGAUGACUUUACCGUAUCUGCCAUCGAAGUUUUACCAGACGGCUGUUCCAACUCUGUCAUUGCCAACUUGGUCCACUAUCCCCAGUGGAGCGAGAAAGAAGCCCCAAAAGAGCAUUUCCUCGCCUUUCUUCGCUGCUGGAAGCAAAUUCCUCGCGUAAGUUUCGUAUUUAAGUUGUGGUAUUAGGUAAAACCAAUUUAAAAAUCUUCGUUAAUUCUUUAAAUUAAGCUGUCAGCGUAUUUUACAAAAUGUGAAAUUCAUAACUUAAAAUGAUCUUUUUCAGACUCUGUUUGUGGAUGCUCCAAUCGCUGUAGCUAGUCGUAUGGGCCAAGGUCGCAGUGGAGCUGUCAUCUUACUUCACGCCGCAGUCGAAGCUAUCGCUACAGGCAAAGAAUGCGAUGUAAGUUUGUAUUACCUUUUAAAACACCAAUAUUAACUUAUUUUGAAGUUUAUAGGGUAUCAAACCGAGGUUUUUACCCAAAUUUUUAUGCAAAAUCCUCGUUUAAUUAGGGACUAAAACAACAUCUUUAGUCUUUUCUGUCACUUAUUGCCUAAAUUGAAAUUAAAGUUGAAAAUUAUUAUCUAAAAUUAAAAUUACAGUUGAAGAGCAUAUUGAAGGAGAUGAGAAAGCAAAGACCGUUUCUUGUCGCAACUCCAGAACAGUACAAUUGGGUGAUCAAGAAGGUGAUCCUCUACUUCAGCAUGAAAGUCUCUGAAGUCCGUGAACCUCUGGCUACAUUAUUGAAGAAUCAAUUACCUAAAUAA